CACUGCCGGAGUGCCGUCUGGAGCAAGCCCAGCGCCAGGACCUUGCCCUGUGACGUCUGCCUGGAUGUGGUGGCUGCUGCCGGCAACGGCGCGAACCCCAACACCACAGAUGCCGACGUCCUGGCUUUGGUGACGAAGACCUGUGAGUGGCUUCCCAGCCAGGACUCUUCGGCCAAAUGCAAGGAGAUGGUGGACGCCCACGGCUCGGCCAUCCUCAGCAUGCUCGAGGGGGGCCCGGGCAGCGCCCCCCCACAGGUAUGCACUGCGCUCACCCUCUGCCAGCCGCUGCAGAGCCUCCCGGCCACCCCGGGGCCACUCUCCGAGGAGGACACGUCCGAGCUGGUGGCCCCGUUCAUGGCCAACGGGCCGCUCAGCUUCCACCUCCCGCCGAUCCCUGAGGACCCCGUGUGCCAGGACUGCGUCCGGCUGGUCACCCGGCUCCAGGACGAAGUGGGCUCCAACGUGUCCGCGCUGGCCGACGUGGUCACGCGGGAGCAGUGCAAGUCCCUGGGGCCCGACCUGGCUCUCAUCUGCAGGGACUACAUCCUGCGCUUCCUCGGCCCCGGGGAGCACAUGCUGAAGCUGGUCCUGCCCGAGGAGACCUGCGAGAAGGGCGGCUUCUGCGAGGAGCUGCAGGUGCCCGCCGAGCUCGUGGUCCCCCCGCUGGAGCCGCUGUCCGCGGGGAAGAGGAUGGAGCUGCAGAUGCAGGCCGGCCUGACCUGCGAGGUGUGCCUGCAGGUGGUCCAGGAGCUGGACCAGUGGCUGGACUCCAACAGCACCGAGGUCCUCAUCAGCCAGGCGCUGGAGCGCGUGUGCUCCGUGAUGCCCGCGUCCAUCGUCCAGCAGUGCGUCACCAUGGUGGACACCUACAGCCCCUCCCUGGUGCAGUUCGUGACCAGGGUCCCCCCGGAGAAGGUGUGCACGGCCAUCCGACUCCGCAACCUGGAGCGCAAGAGCACCAAGCGCGGCAUCCUGCAGGCCUUCAAGGGCGGCUGCCGCAUCCUGCCUCUGCCCUACAUGAUCCAGUGCAACCGCUUCGUGGACGAGUACGAGCCCGUGCUCUUGGCGCCAGCCCGGAGGCCGCCCAGAUGUGCGACGCCCUGGAGCACUGCCAGCGCUUCAUCUGGAAAGUGAUGCCCUUCAACACCGAGGAGCCCGAGUGCCCCCCCAGGGGGCCCUCCUCACCCUGAACCCCCC